AUGUUGAGCUGGGUGGCCAAAGUUGGUCCCCAGCUUCCUGAGCCGCCACCUAAAACAGUCGAAGGACAAAAGGAGGAGAAACUAGCGACAACUGUGAGUAACAUCUGCUUUUUAAUCUUCAUCACUGACUCCAAUACAGCUUAUUAACAUGUAAACACUUGAUUUAUCUUUGAAAGUGUGCAGAGUUCGUAUGUUUGUCCUACUGAAAUACUAGUUUGUCUGUAAUCUCUGAUAUUAUUGUGUUCUUGACAGAAAAAAGUGACUUUUGAAGAUGAGCGCAGACCUGAAAGUAAGAUCCCUCCCACAGUGAACUUUGUUUUAUUGCUUUAACUGUUUUUGACGGUAAAUUCAAACUUUUUCUUUUUUUAUCUGCAGCUCCAACAGCAGCUGAAAAAUCCAAACAAGAAGUCCAGCCUGCAGAAGAAAGCAGGUGAGUUUUACGGACGAAGAUAAAAGUCCAAAAAGGCUCAGACACUCAGAUCCUAAAUUGAGAGAGAGAAGCAGAGAUUGUACUGGGCUGUAUCCUAACCGAGUGUUAUUGUUUCUGUUCAUAUCAGUGAAUUCUUUCAGGUGUUAUAACGAUGGUCUUAUCAGGAAAUGAUUGAAAAUAGGUGCUUUAAUUAACACACAGAUAUGUGGUUUUGAAUCAAAAGGUUGAAAAUCUGUGUUUUCUGUCCACAGCCCGGCGACUAACCCUCAGCCCAGUGUGUUAGGAUGGAUAAGCUACGCUAUUCCUCAACCUGCAGUCUCCCCAAAGUUAAAGAGAGCCGACUCAACCAUCCAAGUAAGGAUCAGACUUUAAAACAGGAACUCAUGUAGGGUUCAGUUCACCGGUAAACCCUGACGGUGUGUCCUCUCUGUCUCCUCAUUCAUGUCUCUCUCCGUCGCAUCCAUUCGCAGGAAGAAACUACAACAAGCAGGUAAACAAAGUGCAUGUUUGUCUGGAUUGUGAAUGUGUGAGGCAAAUAAGAAAGACUUGAUGUUGUUGAUGAUGCAGAGAAACUAACCUUGAAAGACUAGCAGCAGAAAGCUCCCCGCCGUAUGAGUUUGGUUGUGUUUAGGGUUUCUGCCUGUUGAUUGAAGAGCAGGGUGGCUCACAACGCUGCUAAGAUAUGUGGAGGAUAUUCAGUUUGGAUGUGUUCAAAGGUUUUAAUAUCACACUUUGCUGAAUCAAAGAGUUGUAUCUCCUUCAUCAAUGAUUCUACGAGUGUUAAUUACUGUUAUUUUACUAACAUUUGUAGUAAGAUUUAAAAUUAGAGGCUGGUUAAGCUGCUCUGACUCUUUAGCUCAAUCAUUGUACACUUGGCCCCUCUUGGUUUUGGCAUCUUGCUACUCUAAAGCUGCAGAUAAAAAGUUCCCUCUAAACAGAGUCCUGGAAAAUUUAAAGUUUUAUUGUACCUGUCGCUCAGAAUUUGAAAGAAAGUGGGAGGUUUACAAUUCAUACAAUUUUUAAAAAGUUCCUAUGGUCUGAAAAAGUUCCCAUUCUUUAAAAAAGUUCUUAUGAUUUGGAAAAAGUUCCUAGAGUUUAAAAAAGUUCCCAUUGUUUCAAAAAUUUCUUUUGGUUUGAUAAAGUUCCUGAAGUUUGAAAAAGUUCCUAUGGUUUAAAAAAGUUCUUUUGAUUUGGAAAAAGGUCCUAGAGUUGAAAAAAAGUUCCUAUAGUUUAAAAAGGUUCCUAUAGUUUGAAAAAGUUCCUAUGGUUUAAAAAAGUUCUUAUGAUUUGGAAAAAAUUCCCAGUGUUUAAAAAAGUUCCUAAAGUUAAAAAAAGUUCCUGAAGUUAAAAAAACGUCCUAUGGUUUAAAAAAGUUCUUAUGAUUUGGAAAAAGGUCUUAGAGUUGAAAAAAAGUUCCUUUAGUUUGAAAAAGUUCCUUUGAUUUGGAAAAAGGUCCUAGAGUUUAAAAAAGCUCCUAUGGUUUAAAAAUUUCCUAGAGUUUGAUAAAGUUCCUAUAAUUUGAAAAAGUUUGUCGUGGAUCUUUAUCAUGUAAAAUCUAAUGGAAUCUUAAACUCAUUGUUCACUGUGUUUGUUCACUGUAAAUUUUAUAUAGAUCACCAGUUUAGAGAGUGGUAACUCUGUUUUUGUUUGGUAUGCAGUGUAAGUGUUAUUACAGCUCUGUAACACACUGUAAGAGCUGAACUGUUUAAUCAGUUAUAACUGUCAUGAGUGGGUUUACCACAGGACAGGCUCCCCCUUUGUCUCUCCUGUUCCUCUUACAUCGUUGUUGUUGUUGUUGUUUGUUUGUGGAAAAGAAAGCCGACUCACUCUCUCAGCGUACAUCAAAUCUACCUACAGGUACAAAUAUAGUGACCUAGCCUAUAAAGGGAGCCGCUUGAACCAACUGACAUGUAGUAAGCCAAUAACUGAGCUGCCUUAUGAACGAGUGAAUGCUCAGGGAGCCGUCUGAGCUGAACGACAAAGAAUACAAACUGCGGUGGUUAUUUUUGUCAGAGUGUGAGCUGCUUGAUGAAAAUACAAACCUAACUACAAACUUCACAUUUCACCGUCUCUCUGUGACUCAGGAAUAUUUCCCUCUCCUCGUUUUAGUGCGGCAGGAUGUGUUGGUCACACAUUCGUCUGUCCCUGAACACAUGAUCCUCAUUAUAUCUGUCCAAAGGAAGACUUAGAGAUCCUUAAAGCUUCUGCAGUUGUUUUUCUCUUCCUCUACCAUACGGCAGCUCACAGUUUGCUUCGCUCUGUGGUCUUUCAGUCUGUUUUCUGUUUCCCUCCUCAGGAAAGGGAUGAUCGCCUGGAUCGCUCAGGGUUUGGAGAAGGUCGUUCCUCAUCCUGAACUGAAGAGCAAAGAGCCGCCGCCACCGGCCGAGCAGCCGACUGAGGUAAAACAGCAGAGCUCAAAAAAGUCAAGGAAAGAAAAAACAAGAAAACUGUGAAAAGUUUUAAUUUAUCUAAAGUUUUUGAUCUGACAAGUUUUGUAUCGUGGGAAAUCACUUGAGGAACAUUUGCUAACUAAUGGUUAAUAACAUGACUCUUUCGAUAUGAUGGAGUUUCACCUUAAAGUGUUUUUUUUUUAAUCUGCUGCUGCCUGUCCUGUGACCCCUUCUUCUGAUUCUCCUCAGGUGUGUCCCACAGCACCUGCACCAGGUAAGAGCCCCUCUGAACAAUCCUUCAGACACACCAGAGAAAUUUCAGACCUCAAACAUUUGACAGAGAUUCGGUUUCUCCCAUCUGCAGAACCUGAAGCUGCUGUGAAGGAACCAGAACCAGAAGAAAAGGCUGAAGUCAAACAUUACCCACCCAGGUAUGUGUGAGUGUGUGACUUUUUUUUAACACCUGAAUCCUCCAAAUCAGAGAUCUAUGUGUUUGUUUUUGAGAACAGAGAAGUUAAUCCCAGCUGUUUCAUUAAGGUGUGCUAAUUAUUAACACUUUUAAACGUUUAUUAGCAUCUGUCUAAAGCGGAGUAAGUUGGCUCACUGUGAAUUAAUGCUCAUUACAAGGAUCUGAAUAUAAACUUGAGUUAACCUCUGCGGACAAUUCACAGUAAACACUGAGCCGAGACUCAAACAAACAGGUCAUGAUACUUCAAAGAUCCAUCUGGGAACUGAGAGGACCGGCGCUUGUUGAGCCCAAUGACCUGUGAAAAAAAAGUCUGAUGUAGAGCUGCACGAUUAAUCGAUUUUAAAUCAUAAUCGUAUUAUUUGAGUAUGACGAUGAUAAAAAAAUUAAAAUCCUCAAAUUGAUUUUCCUCUCUAUUAUGUCUCGCACCUCCAGGCCACUGUAGGCUCCCCCUUCCUGUGGGAGCGCUCCCCAGUUCCCACACACACCAGUGUGAACAAACAUGGCGUUUGCAAAAGAAGGCGAUAACUUCGUGGUUAAAGGACAAGAGCAAGUCACUAGUAAACGCUAAAGUUUUUUGUCGUUUCAUCCACACGGAAACGGAGUUUCAGGUGACUGUAAACCGUACUUUUUGAAAACGGGUCAGAGAGUGAAUAAAUCUGUAAACGACGACCAUUUCAUUUCCGUGUGGAUGUCUAUCUGCAUCUCUGGAAACGAUCAUGUGACACACAGCGUAACUCUUUUAUGGCGCCAAAACAACCUUCAUACGCAUGCUCUGUAUUCUUCUUCUGUCUUUUGUGCAUUUCCUGUGCAGCGUUACAGCGCCGCUUACUGGCUUGGCAUAUGUACUACGUCGUCUUCAGUGGUUUUGUUUUGAGAGAUGAUAGAAAAAUUUUAUUAAAGUGAAGUUUGGUGAAGUUGACACUGAAUAAUCAAAAAUUAAAAAUCCAGUUUUCAGAGAAAAAAUCGGGAUUUUAUUUUGGGCCAAAAUUGUGUAGCCCUAACCUGACCCUUAUGACGUGGAUCGAUGCUGAGGUUGAUCAUCUGAGAGAGAAACAGGAUCCAGACUGUGAUCUUCCAUGUAAAGAGGGAUCACAGACAACUUAAGAGAGAUCAUACUGUAGAUCUGAAGUAAUCCAUGGAUCAUUGUGGACAUAGGAGCAGGAACAGGAGGGGGUGGAUGGUCAAAACUUUCAGUAGGUUUUAAGAUUAGUGUCACCUUCUGUUAACUUUGAUCAGUAUGAAUGGAUUAACCGUCUUCAUCAGUGUCUUCAAUCGAUAGUGAGGGAGGGUAGGAGGACUUUAAAGUAGAUGCUGCACGUGUUAACUGCAUGUGUUAUUGUGAAUCACAGGAUGAUCGACUGGAUAAAACAGGGGAUCGAGAAGGUGGUCCCGCAGCCGGAGUUUCAUGUCCGCUCAAACACAGAUGCCAAAGAGAAGACUGAGACUCCUGCCUCCGUUAAAGGUCCCCUCAGCUCUGUGUUAGCCUCAGAUCAUCACUUCUCUAAGUGUAAAUAUCGUUAACCGUUUCACCACCCUCUGAUUUCUUCAAACAGAAAAGACACAAGAACCGUCUCCAGCUCUAAAACCGGCAGCUGACACCGAAAAGUGAGUCCAGUAAAAAUCUUCAUGAGCUAAAAUAGAAUCUAAAAAACACAUUUAUGAUAACGGGGUAAACUGAGGUCCUCUGUUCAGUCCUCUCUGUCCUUCUUUGUCUCUGCAGGUCUCCUAAAGAAGCAGAGCAGCAGCCAAAGUAAGAAACACCUCGACGAUCAGAUUUACCUGAUCAUUACAAAACUAGUUUUACAAACAGAAGUGCGAGUUAUUAUUACGCUAAUAUAAAGAUUAUUUAACUUCUCCCAACCUAAACUGAGGUUGUUUGUUGUCAGGAUGAUGGACUGGAUCGUCAGCGGUCUCGGCCGCAUAAUUCCUCAGCCCGUACAGAGACAGGUGAGUCCCAAGACUUUUAUCUCUCGCUGUAAUGAAUCCAAUUUAGCGCAGCAAAGCAGCAUUAAACAUCACGCCUUCUCACAAUUUCUCUUUGUCCCGCAGGACACGGUCAGAGACAUGGUGAAGGACACCGCCACAAAGGAAGUGAAGGACACGUCCAAAGACCAGGUGCAAAAUAGUAAGUCUGACUGCCUGCAGCUUACAGCGACACGUGAGCCGGUGUAUCACACUGCUCUGAUAUCCUGUUACUCCACAUAGCAGCUGCCGCAGACACAGAGGCCACAGAAAAACCUAUGAAUACGUUGAGCUGUUUAUUGAUCGGCAGGACUGGUGUCAGUGAUGAGGCAGACUCUAACCGAGCUCCCCUUCUCCUUCUGUUUCAGGGGGGAGAGGCUGCGAGCUCGCUUAAAUAAAAGGAGAAGGAGGAGACGGACAGAGUCGCUCACACUGACACUGACAGCUGCAAAAACUCUUAAAACAACCGAAAGACAGAAACAAUGCAAAUCAGUCCAGACAUGCCUCACAAAGCUGCAGUGCAUUAAGUUUGGCCAAGCCGUGAUGCACUUUAAACAUUUCCUUACAUUUUUUUAGACUCUAUAUUUUCUCUUUAAUAUCUUCACAUGAUUUUCAGAUCAAAAACAGACUCCUGUUUCUCACUCUGGAGUAGCAGUGGGCGAUUUGGCAAACAAAAAAAUCACAGAAAAUUUCGUCAUAUCGUCUGAUCUUAUUAUCUGAUUAUUAUCACGAUUUUUUUGUGUUUUUUUCAACUGUCAGUUUUUAAGCGUCUGUUCUAAAAACUAAAGAAACUAGAGAUUAGUUCAACAUUUUAUUAACAUAUUAAGUAAAUAAAGCAGAUUAGAUAAAAUAAACUUAAAAAAUAAAAAAAAAAUCAUUUUAACUCAACAGUACAACAAAAGUAGAUAAAUAUUAGAAAAUACAGUGAACUAGUUUACUGUCCUGAGUGUUUUUGCAGGUAUGAUAGACCCAAAAUAAACAAAUCGCCCCCCCAGAGAUAAUGAAGACGCCUUAAAAUGUAAACAAUAUGUCAUGUAAACAUAAAUAAUACGAUUGAUUGCCUUAGUCUGGUGGCUCCACCUCUAUUUGUGGCUACCACCGCCACACAACCGACGUUGAAUAACUUUUCUUCUCAAUUAUGGCAUGACUUCAAGUCAUGGCUGACAUCUCCGCGUUUAUCUCCACAUUCGGUCAUACUUCCUGUUUACAUCUCCAGUAACUUACAUAAGUGGAGCGGAAAAAGCUUGACUCUGAUUGGCUGUCGUCAUGCACGUUACCGCCAUGUUUGAUUGAGUAAAUAUGCUCAAAGCUGAUCACUGUGAUCGAACUGAAGUUUAUCACGAUCAUUGAUCACGAUCAUGUAAUCGUCCAGUCGUCCAUCUAAGACGCUUCAUUUUGGCUGCUGUCUCUUUAAGGCCCCUCCCCCUCCACAAGCCUACUCUCUUGCUGAUUGGCCACCUCUGAUUAACUUUCUGGAGACCGCCUUGAGGUUUUGGCCCGUCCCCCUCUUUGUUUUACAGUUACAGUUUACAUCAUUUAUCCAAUAUGGACACCAAACUUUGUAUCUUGACAUUGUUUUAUGUAAAUAUAAAAAAGCAUAAUAAACCCCUUUAACAAAAAUGACAGAAUAAUGAUUUUUUUUUGUAAUUUUAGAUUUCUGUUUACAUAAAUUAAAACAUGUUUACACCAGAAAAGCAUGAAAAAUAAAUGAGAUUCACCAGAUUAUUAGAUCCAUCACAGUUUUAUGUCAUCCUUAAAUCAUGACAAAAACACUCUGGUCAAUAACUCACAAAUAGAUCUUUUCACCGCGGUCAAAACACGGGUUAAUAUUUAUAUUUCUUUGUCUGACUCCAGAUUCACAGACGCUUUUAUGUACAGAUCUCCACAGGUUGACAUUGAUUAUAUUUUUAUUCAAACACUGAUUUUAAUUAAACAGAGGAAGCUAAAAGCAAUGCACACAUCACAACCCAUGGCAGUACUUUGCAUUUUUCUGUGUGUUCAUGAAAAAUAAAGAUUUGUUUAUAAAGAAUUGAACGCUUUAACUUUUCUUUCUGCCUCUUGGAUGAUUCAGAGUGCCUCUUUAAAGGUUUGACAGCCACGUCAAAUAGACCCAAAAUAUUACGGUUUAGGAUUGAAAGUAGAGAAAUGAUGAAAAAUCAAAUGCUAGAACUGAAAAAUGACAAAUGAAUCUUAUUUAAAAAUUAAUAUUAUUGCCCUCCUUGUAUCUGUAAAAGCAGGUUAAAACUGGACCUUAACAGAAACCUGAUCCAGAGAUGCUGCUGACUUCUCUCUGGAUCAGUAAAGAUGGAACGAGCUGUUUUCACAUAAAUCAGAUUUUGACACUUUUUUGAAAUCUUGGACACUGAAACCUGUUUUCUAAAGAGCAGAGAGAUCACACAGCUCAUUAUCUCACCAUGGUGUUAACAUUGUGUUGUUACAAUUUUAUGUACGGCGUUGUUCCUUGUUUGUAUUUUAGCGCCCCCUAGAGUCCCACUGGGACAGUUCAAGGUUGAAGGUGGAUGACUUUUGGUUUUCUGGGGAAAAAGCUGUCAGGUGUAACAGUUCGUAAGAAAGAGUUAGUAAAAGGAUUUAAACGUCGUGUUUACUGAACAAUAGUGAACAUUGGUAGCAGAAGAGGGUUAGAGGAUGGCUGCUGACUAUAACAGUAUAGAAAGGAUUUGUACGGUGGCCCUGAGGUGCAAAACACAACAGCAAAUCAGAAAACACAACAACAUUAACCAUUGUGCUUUCUCUUUUUCUGUUGAGAGCCACGCAUGCCGCCUGCCUCUCCACACUAUCACUUUUACAUAUUUGGCUCAAAAUUGUUGAUUCCAUAUUCGGUAGAUGUUUUAAACACACACGAGCCAGGUGUUUUCUCAGUCCUGGUCUUCCUGUUUUGUGGUGUUCAGUCUGUAUCGUUCAGGAGAGGACUGACUUGGUCCUUGAGGAUGUGGAGCAGCAGGAAGAUGCUCAACAGCAGGAGGAGGAGGAAGAGGAGAGAGGGGAUCGAGAGGUGCAAGGAAAUCUACAGUCGGCAGUGAACGAGGUGAGUCACGAUCAAACAUCCAGAAAAUGUAGAAGAGGUGUAAAACUGCAGUUCUUCAAGUGUCCACUAGAGGCUGCCUGCAAAAUCAAGGAGAUCACAUCAACGCCCAUUUUUAAAUGACGGCCUGAUGGAGAAAAAGGUUUUUUUUCCUUUGUACACCCUCAUUUCAAGUGAAGCCAAACUUUAAGAGACAUCUCUACAGAUCCAGAUGAAUUCAUGUCUCUCUGUUCUUGGUGACUCUAACCACAAACAUGACAGAGCAGAAGUCAUGAGACUGAGCAGCUCCUGUAAUCUUCUGCAGCGAGGGAUGUGUUUGGGAUGUGAAUCUGCUUAAUCCAAUUACUUCUAUCUUUAACCUCUCGACAUCCUCUGAGCGCUCCAACCUGAAAUCUGGUGACCCACUUCAUAUAGAAUUCAGAGCUGAUCGGUUUUAAACGGGCGGUAUUAUCAUCCUCAUACUUUGUGUCCCUCAAAAACAGACGUGUCUCUGUCGUUGUUUGCAGGCGGAGGAUAAAGGGACCGGCGUGGAUCAGUGUGAUCCGGUGAUGGACAUCAAAAGGGAGGAAGAAGAGGAAGUUUCAGCUCAAGAUGAGGAAAGGUCUGACACUUCUCUGUCUGGUUUCUUCAUGUUGCCUUUUUUAUGUCAUCCUGAGUGAGAAAUCUUAACUUGUAGCAGGACUGUAAAUUGGAUUUGAGAUUGUUUUUAUUCGCGUUUGCAUAAAAAAUGUAUUUUCCUGUGAUGAUCCGAGCUCAUCCUUGUUAAACAGAGUGCAGUGCCAGUGCCUGGAGGCGGCCCGUAAAGCAGAGGAGAUGGCCAGAAGAGCGGCAGAGGAGGCGGUGCGGCAGCUGGAGUCGGAGCGCUCCGCCAAGUUCAGCAUCGAAACCCCAACAGACUCCAUGGAGCAGUAAGUCCCCUAAAAACCAGCGCAGACCCGAAUAUUCAGACUUCUGUAUCAGCGCCUCUAAAAACAAACUGUUCAGACUCGCCUGUUAGUAACUGCCGGGUCUGUUCUUGAAAGUCUGUCCAACAUCCUGGAGGAGGAAAACGAGGACGACCCGCAGUAAGUCCAUCUUUGUCCAACCCUGUAGCUCUCUGAGGUUGUACGGCUGGCUUCUGCUGCUGCAGCUUUUAGGAAAAUCAGGAAAUCAGGAGUGUUUCUGGCUGUGUAGUUGGACCGAGCUCUGCUUGCAAUCUUUCGGCUGGACUCUGUUUGAGAUACUUUGAGAGUAUGGGGUUCAGUUUUGACUCUGACAGUCAGAGCAGAAACAUUCUUAUUUACCAGGUAUCAGUAUUCUCUCUUGUUUUUUAUACGAGCUAACGUGCUAAACUGAGAAGGUUGCUGUUAAACCUGCGCACAGUGUCGGGAAACUGAGCUUUUACUUUAAGGUAGCUGUGCUUCAGCCUGUGCAGCUAAAGUUUUAGUUGUAUACCAAACCACAGGAAAAAAAAACAGGUACGUUCAUUUAGACGGGCCUCUAGCUGGCUGUGGGUGGAGAGGUUUUACAUUUAGGCCUCCUUUUCCUCCUCUGUGUCUGCGCUACCAGAAUUUAGCCUCCUAAAGAGCUUUUGGGCUUUAAAAAGUUACGCCUUCUGAGCAGGAACUUUUCGAGGGGUAGAUCUUUAGACCCAGGUUCCUGUACCUUGUCCUUCAGCAAAUACCUGAGGAUCAUGAAGUAUGAUGAGUGGAGGUCUGUAAACGUCAGAUGGUCGGUCUGUUACCCAGAGUAAAAAAAGGACAGACUGUGAGGAGAUAGAUGAAUAUUUAAAGCCCGCGAUGAAUGAGUCCAACAUCUGAGUGAUUCCUCAGAUAUAUUCUGUGUUUCUGUAUAUUAGACAUAAAUAUUUUAAACUAUCAAAUAAACGUUAUUUCAGUUAAUUAACUACAAAGCUGUAAGAUAAGACAUUUAUUCACUUCAUGUACCUGUACCUCACAAACUCAAACCCUUCCUCUCUGCAGCGCUCUACCUCAACACCUCAACACCAUUAACACAUGACUUCUUCUUCUUCUUCUUCUUCUUCUUCUUCUUCUUCUUCUUCUUCUUCUUCUUCAGGAGUCUCGUGGACGCUCCCUCAGCUGAAGACAACGGCGCCCCAUCACCGACAGCUGCAGAGCCGGCGUCAGAAGAGAAAGACCCGGAGAGUCCGGCCCCCCAAACCGUGGCAGAACAUCAAGAGGAAGACGGACCAGAAGAGCCGACCGCCUCCAGGAGUCAGGUGAUCAGACUUUGAUGAACUCUAAUGAGCUUACAGCUCCACCUGCUGGUCGGAGUAGGAAAGAACCUUUUGUUUCAUUAAAGUCCAGGGGUUAAAGGACUUACUGAUGUCGGUAAUCGAACUUCUUCAAACAGUAAAAUUAACGCAGAGAACAGACCGUCUGGAUUUAUGAGCUCAGGAUUAACAGCGUUGAGAUUCAGGAAGUCUGCACACCUGAAGCAUGUCAACCCUUGAAAUAAAAACUGUAGACAAAUAUAACUUUCAAUGUUUUCUGUUUUUUCAUCAGGACAAAGCAGCAGCAGGAGAAGAAGCCAGCUGUGGAGGUGAGAGAUGAGCUUUCAUUACCUGCCCACGGCGCCAAAACUACCGCUGAAUUAUCUGCAGACCGUCAACACUCAUCGUCUUAGAAAUUAAAAACAAAAAGGAAAAAUACAAAAACCAAAUUUAUACACCUGCGUCUCACCUGGUCUUAAAGGCGUAGACUCACACGUUUAAAUGGGUUUCUGACGUUUUUGAGGAUGAAGUGAUUUGAUCUCACGGUCCGAACUUUUCUCUGUUCAGAUCCUCACAGCUGUUCCCCGAUAAAGAGCUUUCUGCUUCGAUUCCCGCACGCCGCUGAGCACCUGGAGAGCUGCAGGAAGCUGCUGCACGAACAUCACCUCCUCCCUCCUAAACUGUCCAUGCCGACCCCGCCGCCGGAGCUUUCCCAGCUGGCCCAGCAGCUAACGCAGCUCUCAAAGCAGGCGCAGCAGUACUGCAUGAGAAUCAUCGGCUCCUUCAUGUCCCGCCCUCCUCAGCAGCCUUAACCCCGCCCUCCUCCGUCAGACCCUCCUCGUAGACCACCUCCUAGUCGCCGGAUCCUCUUGUAGACUGAAUCCUUUCGAAGUGCCUUACAAACCUCGUGGACCCAUAACAAUCCCACAUCCUCCUCAUCAUCCUCCCAUCAUGCUCUGCUGCUCUGCGCUGCCUCGCCAUGAGCCCCCAGCAGGUGAUCCUGUAAGAGGUCGAUGUUUGUGCCGUGAUACAUGAACCCGGGUCGCUGGUAGAGGACGUUAUAUGAGGUCCGACUGCUUCUUUUGCAGGUUUGGCGCUCAGGGUGAAGAAUCUGGAUCAGGGUGCGGGUCCAGAAAAAGGCCUUAACAUCCCCCAAAUUAUCACGACCCCGGAACCGGAGUUCAGCACCCUGACCAUCCGCGACAUCUCGCCGUCAGCACAGAGGUAAGAGGCGGGGUCAGACUGAGGGUUUAUAAAUGUGACCACAUGAUGAUGCCUCCGAACUCACAGAAACGUCUGCAGCCCCGUAGGUGACCUUUCUGCAGACGAGGAGGACGAGGAGCUGAUGAGACUCAGUCGGAAAACCUGGUCCAGUCAGGGAGACCUGCUGUCUGCAGAUGAAGAGUGAGAGGAACCUGAACUUUAACCUCCAUCACCUCCUCCUCCUCCUCCUCCUCCUCAUGAUGUUUACUCUCCUGUUGUGGUCAUUGUCCUGCAGGAUGCGUCCUCAGUCAGCAGCCAGCGUCGGCAGCGUGGUGAUCCAGGACCGCCUGAACCAGCUGGUCCGACUGUUUAAAGGCCGGACUGAACAGCAGAGAGAGAGGCUGGUGGACCCUGACGAGUCCGAAGGAGAAAGUCCUUUAGCUUGUAUGUCAUCCAUGUUUCACUCUGGGGUCUUCAUCAGAUCUCGUUAUUUCACGACAUAAUUACAUCAUCUGUCUGAUCUCUGCAGCCCCCAGCAAAGCUCCGCCUCCACCUCCUCCUCCACCAGGAGAAGAGAAGAAGAAGGACGAUGCAGCUGCAGAAAAAGAGGAGGAGGAGGAGGAAGAGUGGGAGCUCCCCUUUAAACUUCUUGGACAUCCUGUGAAAAUUCCCAGACUGCCCAAACUUCCUGCGCUUCCCGAUUGGCUGAGAGCGAUCUUAGAGUACCGCUUCCCCUCCAGCAUCGACCCCUUUACAGGUGAGCAGCGACUGUGAGGUCGGGCUGUCAGUAAACAUUCGAUUUUCUUAGAGCAGCAGGAUCUCGUUGACCCGGUUUCAUCUCCACAGAUCUGAUCUACGUGAUCUGGCUCUUCUUUGUCGUGGCGGCGUGGAACUGGAACGUGUGGCUGAUCCCCGUCCGCUGGGCCUUCCCGUACCAAACCCCUGAAAACAUCCACCUGUGGCUGCUGAUGGACUACAUCUGCGACUUCAUCUACAUCGCCGACAUCCUCGUCUUUCAGCCCAGACUGCAGUUUGUCCGCGGCGGAGACAUCGUGGUCAGUGGCGUCUCCAGAAAACAAAAGAAAAGAAAACCUGCUUCUGUUCGAGCGCGCACGACUUUUUUAACCACCAUUAACUUUUUUAUUUCAGUGUGACAAACAGGAAAUGAGAGAAAACUACAUGAGCACUGAGAGGUUUAAGGUGAGGUUUCAGUUUUUGGUCUCUUUAGUUUAACGUCAGAGUGCGCAGACUUUUGUGAUCGUCAUUUUCUGAAGGUUGUUUCUGUGUGUUUUCAGAUGGACAUCAUCAGUCUGUUCCCCAUGGAGAUAUUUUAUUUUUUCACCGGCGUCAACUCUCUGCUGAGGUUUCCUCGCCUGCUGAAGGUCAGGAUGUUUCAGCUUCUCAUCUGACGUUUACUUUUUUCAUUGUGUGCUUUAAUUUUGGUGUCAGAAAGGGAAUAAAAACAACAACAAUGAAAAUAUUUCUUAACUGAUCAUGAAACAAAUGUUCUUGUUGUUUUGUUAACACUCUAACGUCUGUUUUCUCUCCGUGUGUCCGUCAGUAUGUGGCUUUCUUUGAGUUCAACGACAGGAUAGAGGCUGUGAUGAAGAAAGCUUAUAUCUACAGGUAAGAAAGAAAGUCUCUACACUGGAGUUUUAUCGCUGCAUCCUGGUGGUUUUAUUUACUAUUUUUAAAAGAUUUCAGCGGAUUAGUGAUUAUACAAAACGCAGGAAAGGUUUUCAUUGAGAAGAUAAAACUCAACCUCAGUAGAAAUCUGGGUUUCUGUGAGUCCUUCAACGACAUCAGAACAGUCAGGUCUCAUUUCUAUGAAAGAGGGUAAAGGAAACACGAAGAGAAGAAAAUAAUUACAGAAAGAAAAUUAAAGUCAAAAUUUCGCACUAAAAAAAUUGAAAUAAUGUCAAUAAAGUCGAAAUUUUGAGAUGGCAAAAUGUCAUGAUUAAUUAAGAGAUUUUGACUCUGAGAUAAAAAAAUUUAAAUUUCGAGACUAAAGUCGACUGUUAAAAAAAAGAGCAGUGUGACAUUUUUGUAUUUUGAUUUUUGUAAAAGAAAAGAGGUUUCUGAUUGUUUGUGUUGUUUUGUGUUUCAGGGUGAUCCGAACCUCCACCUACCUGCUCUACUCUCUGCACAUCAACGCCUGUCUCUUCUACUGGGGCUCCGACUACGAGGGACUGGGAUCCACCAAAUGGGUCUACAACGGAGAGGGCAACGCGUGAGAACCCGCCGCCUCUCUCUCUCUCUCAUUAACGUGGUUUCCAUAGAAACUCCUUCAAAGUUUGUGAGAAAACUCGUUUUUUUCUGCCUCACAGUUACAUCCGCUGUUACUACUUCGCUGUGAAGACUCUGAUCACCAUCGGAGGACUGCCGGACCCCACCACCGUCUUUGAGAUCUGCUUCCAGCUCAUCAACUACUUUGUUGGCGUCUUUGCUUUCUCCAUCAUGAUUGGUCAGGUCAGAUAUCCGCCAUGUUUGCUGAGAGGUAGUGGACUAAGAUGAACAACAAACGGACUGUAAUCAGUUCUGGUUUCUGUUUUCAGAUGAGAGACGUGGUCGGAGCAGCGACAGCCGGGGAGAACUACUACCGAGCCUGCAUGGACAGCACCGUCAAGUACAUGAACUCCUACAACAUCCCCAAUGAGGUCCAGAACCGCAUCAAGACCUGGUACGACUACACCUGGAAGAGCCAGGGCAUGCUGGGUAAGCAAAAUGAGGAAAAAACAGAGCUGAAUAUGAACUCUGAGAGGGAUGUAGGGCUGGGCGAUAGGCUGAAAACUUACAGAUUCAGAAAUUUAUGAACAAUAACAAGUCGUUUUGCCCAUAUUGGUAUAUUUAGUGUCAAAAAAUAAAUCAAAGUUGUUUUUGGAUGUGUGUAGGUAGGCUAUGGUCUCAUGUCCCUUUAAGACUCUGUCCUACGUCAGAGACGUGACUCCACCCCAUCCAGUCAGUAACAAAGAGGGACAGACAGGUGAGGAGAUGGAGGACGGUUCAAAAGUUGUAGCGGCUGAAGUAGACGAAGUUAAUGUGGGAGGGGGUGAGCAGCUUGUGGAGUAGUUAUCUAUUUAUCGUUAUCGAGGUGAACUGAUCAAUAUAUCGUGAUAUUGAUUUAAGGCCGUUUCGCCCAGCCCUGGGGAGGAUGUGUAGGCAGCAUUUCUUCUUGGUUUUAGAUAUGAAAGAAUAUAAAAAAAGAUGAAGUUGUUGUUUUUUUGUCUCUGCAGAUGAACAAGAACUGCUGGUGCAACUUCCUGUUAAAAUGAGGCUGGAUAUCGCUGUGGAUGUCAACUACGCCAUCGUCAGUAAAGUUGCUUUGUUUCAGGUAUGUGGAGAGAAAAAAAACUUUAUUCGAAACAUCAUUUAAAACUAGGAAAAGUCCAAAGACGAUAUUAUGAACAUAUGAACCAGUUUUACCAAAGAUAUAUAACUAUUAUCUAAAAACCAACACUAUCAAAAAUAGACACGGCUCUGUAGUGGAAAUCACUGCCUGGACUUACAUCGUUUGGAACCCAAAUACAAAAACAAUCCAGACAUGCUGAGGACUUUCCUGAGCCUGAGCUCCGAUAAGACAGACCGGAUUAGUGAUCAGUUCUUUUAGAUGUACUGAAUCACAAGAAUCUGUUUGAUAAAGAGAUUUGUUCAAAAGAUUUGUUCACUGAAUCACUGAAUCAUUCAGCGCUUGGUGGGAGGAGCCUGCGACUUCGACCUCCUGAACUGAUACACAGCUGAACGGUUCUGAUUCAGUUCAGUUCAAAGCUUCUGGGACCAAGAGAGGAGAGUGUUUGUCUGUGUUGCUUGAUAGGAUCAGACAGUCACAAAUUUCUAUUCGGGGUUUUACUUGAGGAAGUGAUUCGGUUCAGCACGUUCACUUAAAAGAUUUGGUUCUUUUGAACGAAUCGUUUGCGAACAACACUGGACUGGAUCAGAGUGGAAAACUGUCCUGUAAUUUCAGGGAUAAAUAAAUUCUCUCUCUCUCUCUCUCUCUCCCUCUCUCCCUCUCUCUCUCUCUCUCUCUCUCUCUCUCUCUCUCUCUCUCUCUCUCUCCCUCUCUCCCUCUCUCUCUCUCUCCCUCUCUCUCUCUCUCUCCCUCUCUCUCUCUCUCGGACUCUCAGGGCUGUGACAGACAGAUGGUGUUCGACAUGCUGACCAGACUCAAAUCUGUCGUCUACCUGCCAGGAGACUUUGUCUGCAAAAAGGUGAACACACACACACACACACACACACACACACACACACACACACACACACACACACCUGCCUGAAGAGGGCAACCUGUUCCUGAUCAGUGUGACUGACCCGGUCUGUGUGUGUCUGUCUGUGUCUGUCUGUGUCUGUGAGCCACAGGGGGAGAUCGGCAGGGAGAUGUACAUCAUCAAACAGGGGGAGGUCCAGGUGGUGGGCGGUCCUGACCUGCAGACGGUCUUUGUCACCAUCAGAGCCGGUUCUGUGUUUGGAGAGAUCAGGUCAGUGCUGCUUCCUGUCAUCCUAUUAACCUGUUUCUAAAGGGCAGGUGGUCUCUGAGCGCUGCUGCUGGACUCAUGUUGGACAGGAUGGGGUCGAAGAGGAGUCUCAUUUAUUCUUAGUACAGUCACUCAGCCCCAGAUGUUCGACCUGAUUCCACAGCCGUCUCCUUUACCUCCAUCAAAGUCUGAAAUACUCUGUUUCUGAUGUUGUCGUUCAGUUUGCUCGCGGGGGGCGGAGGAAAUCGACGCACUGCCAAUGUGAAGGCGCACGGGUUUGCUAACCUUUUCAUCCUGGACAAGAAGGACCUCGCAGAGAUCUUGGUCCACUACCCGGAGUCUCAGAAACUUCUCCGCAAGAAGGCAAAGUAAGACAGAUGUCCGUCCUUAACGUGCUUCAGGCUCCUCCUGAAUCCUGAAUGAUGAACUCGACAUCUUUGACUUUUCUGCUCUCAAAAAUCCUAAUGAGCUGAUUUUCUGCUCAGUGCUCUACAUCUAACCGGAUGUUUGUCUAUGUACAGUAUGUCAACACAAAGGCAGCUUUCAUGCGAACAGCAAAAACAAAAAGGUCAAACAGAGCAAACGCCAAAUUUAAGACAGAAAUCAGGAACUGUAGUUUGCCACUUCAUGAACUUUCCGUUUACUUCAGAAGCUGCUCGGUUCUGAUACGACAGUUUUUAAAUACUCGUGUCAACGUGAGGAGAAGAACCCUGAGUAACACCUCUCCACUCUGCGGUCUCACCGUCUUCCUCUGGUCUGAUCUGUCCCUCGUGUCCUGAGCAGGAUUAGACUAAUCUGCAUGGUGCUGACAGGGUCAGACCAGAGGAGCGACGCUCCAGCUGGUCUUCCUGCUCUCAGCUGAUCUCCUCCUCAGUGUGAUCAUGGUGCUGCAGCAGAGCGCAUGGAUAUGUUGUAGUUGUUGGUACGGGACCGCUGAUGUUUUUUGUGUUUUUUUACAGGAGAGGAUUUCUGUGAGCUGCAGAGGUUUGACCAAUCAUUGUGUCUCCUUGUCGGUUCAGGACGAUGCUGACGAAGGAUAUAAAGCAGGAGGAGAAGGGUGGAGGUAAAGAGGCGGUGGCGGUCAUCCCGCCCAGACCGGACACCCCGAAAAUGUUCAAGGCGGCGCUAAAGGUGACGGAGCAGGCGGGCAUAGAGGGGACGUUCGCCAAACUGAAGAAAGCUUACAGAUCAUCAGACGGCACAGCAGAGGUGAGACAGCAGCAGCAGCAGCUCCAGGGCUUCAUGCAGCUCCACUGAUGGCCAGCAGGUGGAGCUCAGAGAGGAUAAAGAUGGAGACACAGACUAAUCAGAGGAUUAAAGACGCCACACCACCGCUGACACAAAAAUCAUAAAUCAAAUCAUCAUUAUUUAUUUUGCAAAGUUGACUUUUUAUCUUUUCUUCUUCUUUGUCAGUUUAACACAAAAAUGAUCAAAUUUUAGUUUUUUUCCUCAAAGAUCAACACUUUUUUUUUACGUCCAGAGUAAAAAUGAGAUUUUUCUUUCAUCUUUGUGUCCCCUCCAGGCUCCCCUCUACCCCUCCCCGGUCCCCCCUCCUUCUCCGAUGCAUCGCCGUUCUCCGGUUCCCCGCCCCAGGGUCCGAGAUGAGGAUGAGACCGUGUCAGAGUCCGCCGACUGCUCGGUGGUCAUCAGGAUGACGCCACAAAAAGCAGGAGAAGAGCUGCUCACUGUGGAGGUGCUGAAGCAGGAGGAGGAGAAGAAGAAGAAGAAGAAGACGGGGGAGGAGUGA